AACAAAAAAGAAGAGUAAUUAUAGUUAUAAAAAAAUGGCUUCUAAGUCCUCUUUCCUAUGUUUUUUCUUCUGUUUUCUCUUUCUUUGCCAGAUCAGCUUCGCUCAAAGAUUUGAGCGACAGCAGUUCUGGCAAAGGCUGCAGGAUCAGCAGCAGCAUCGGGCACUCAGGUCCAAGACCGAGUGCCAGAUUGAGCGUUUGAACGCUCAAGAACCAAACCGUAGGUUUGAGUCCGAGGCGGGUGUAGUUGAGUUCUGGGAUGCUACCCAAGAACAGUUUGAGUGCGCCGGAAUUCAAGCCGUUAGGCAUGAGAUCCGGCGCAACGGGCUUUUGUUGCCUUACUAUAGCAACACUCCCCAGCUCAUCUAUAUUGUUCAAGGAAGUGGAGUUCAUUCAACAAUAUUCCCAGGCUGCGCCGAGACAUUUGAAACAGAGUCGCCACUUGAUCGUAGGGCGCGGUCAGGAGAUAGAGGGCAGAGAUCACUCGAUCGUCACCAGAAAGUUAGGCGUUUUCGGGCGGGAGAUAUUCUUGCAUUGCCUGCUGGAGUUACUCAUUGGACAUACAAUGAUGGUGAAGAACCUAUUAUUAGUGUCUCACUUAUUGACACUUCUAAUGUUGCCAAUCAACUUGAUCUCACAUUCAGGAAAUUCUUCCUAGCUGGGAAUCCUCAACGUGGUGUACAAGAACAAGUAUUAGGAAGACAACAAGAGACAGGCAGCCAAUAUGGAAGAAGAGGAUCUGAACAAGAGAAAGGAGGCAACAUGUUAAGUGGAUUUGAUGCUCAAGUUCUCUCCGAGGCAUUCAAUGUAGACGUUGAGGUUAUACGAAAGAUCCAGGAACAGGCCCCCGAGAGGGGCGUUAUUGUCCAGGCUGAGAACCUACGGUUCCUCCUCCCGGAGGCUAAAGAAGAAGAAGAAGAAAGAGAAUGGCAUAGUAGAAGAGGAAUCCCUCUUAAUGGAUUGGAAGAAACUUUUUGCACAAUGAAGUUGAGGGAGAACAUUGGCCGUCCUUCUAGGUCUGACGUGUACAAUCCACGUGGCGGACGCAUAAGCACCGUCAACAGCAACACUCUCCCCGUCCUUAACUGGCUCCAGCUCAGCGCUGAGAGAGGAACCCUCUACAACAAUGCUAUAGUGGCACCACAUUGGAACAUGAACGCUCACUCAAUCAUCUAUAUCAUCCGUGGAAGUGGCCGGUUCCAGGUGGUUGGGAACGCGGGGAAGUCUGUGUUUGAUGAUGAGGUGAGGCAGGGGCAACUUAUCGUCGUGCCUCAAAACUUUGCUAUAGUGAAGAAGGCAGGGGAGCAAGGGCUCGAUUACAUCGCUUUCAAGACCAAUGACAACGCGAUGAUUAGCCCGUUAGCCGGACGUUUAUCGGCUAUCAGAGCCAUGCCAGAGGAAGUCCUCAUGAAUUCAUACCAAAUUUCAAGGCAAGAGGCUAAGAGCUUGAAGUAUAAUAGGGAUGAACUUAGUGUUUUUGGACCAAGAGCUAGGUCUAGCAGGCAAUAUGCCUAAAUGUAACAUUAU